UGUCAAGGACAGAAGUUUUGUGUUUUCGAUGUGUAAGUGGCAAUGACUCGAGAUUUUUGUCCAUCUAGGUGAAUGUAAGUUAAAGGAACAAACGCACAUACUCAAAUAACGAUCAAUUCAAUGAUUUAUUAAAUUUUAAUGCACAAUAUUAAUUUCCAUUCCGAAAGUUCUUUGUAAUGUGUAAUGUUAAUGUAAUCGAUAAAAGGGAAUUUACAUUAUUGAAAAUUUUACAAUCUUUUAUUCUUACUUUGUAGAUGGACACUCAUUUCCAAUUGGAUUUUUUUAAUGAUACGGUUGAUUCCUCUAAUUUACGACGCGAGUGGGAGGAAUGGCAUCGAGCCUGCGAAAUCGUCGUAGAAUUGAAAAACAUAGAAUCCCAGCAUCAAAAACUGCUUUUUAUGUUGGCCCGAGGUGGCAGAGGUCUUCAGAGAAUCUAUCACAAUCUCGCCCCUGUGGUUGGUGAAAUUUAUCCAGGACCCGUGAAAAUUCCGUUUGCUCCUGAAGAAGUUCCGGAAUAUGAUAAUGCUGUCAAACGUCUCAAUUCAUUUUUUGUGGGAAAACGUAAUGAACGAGUGGAAUUAGAAAUAUUUCAUUCAAUUCGGCAGGCUGCUGGAGAGUCGUUCAAUCGGUUUGUUUUGAGAUUACGUACGCAGGCCGCCUGCUGUGACUUUCUUGAUCGCGUGGAAAAGGAAUUACUCCAGCAAAUAACUGUUGGCGCCAUCGACGAGAGAGUGCGAGACAAAGGCCUCGAGGGUACCAUGAGUUUAGAUGAGAUAAUUAAUUAUGCGAUCAAUCGCGAAAUAUUACUGAAUCAAAAACAGAAAGCACAACCCUUUAGAUCGGAGUCUGAUGUAGUAUCACUAGUAAAGCAAGAUUGGAUGAAGAAGACAAUGCCAAAAGACGGACAUUCUUAUCAGCGUUUUAAUCGUGUACGAAAGCAGGAAUACGGCAAUAGACCUUCCACUGAAUGUAGCCGGUGUGGAUCAUGGAGACACCAGCAAGAAUCGAAGGAUUGCAUUGCACGAAAUGCAACUUGCAACAAGUGUGGGGCUGUAGGCCACUUUGCAAGAAAAUGUUCAGAUAAACGAUAUGCGUCAAUGAAAAAUCGUUUUACAUGGAAGAAGACAGAAGCAGUUAAUACACUGCGAAAUGAAGUUGAUUUUAAUCGUGAAGCUAGAUGUUCUGGUCGUCAUGAAGAGAUUACACCGAUGAAGGUUAAUCCUAACGAUGGAACCAUCGUGGGCUUUAUAGAUAAACUUCCUGUAAAAUUCUUGAUUGACUCUGGAGCGACUAUCAACACGGUUACGAAUCUGGUAUGGGAAAAGUUAAUUGCAAGCAAUGCUAGGAUUUUUAAAAAGAAAUUUAAAUGCGACCGUCAGUUCAUAGCGUAUGCUUCCGAGGAACCGUUACGAGUAAUAGCCAUCUUUGAAGCUUGGAUUACUAUUAAUGAAACAAAACCAAAAAAUUAUGCAGAAUUGUUUGUGAUACAAGGUGCGCAAAAAUGUUUGCUUAGCAAAAGAACAGCGGAAGACUUGAAGAUACUGAAAGUAGGACUAGAAGUUCAAACCAUUACAUAGAAGAAAGUUGA